AUGAAUAUAUCAUCGUUUCAAUCUGUAAUCGAAGAUAAAUCAAAAGAAAUGAUUAAUAGAAGGAUCUUAGUUGAUGUUCUGAAGCAACAACAUCAACAUUUACCUUUUAAUGAAAAAGUAAAUGAAAAUAUUCAAUUAUUAUUGAAUGAUAAUACUUAUACGGUAACAACAGCACAUCAAUUGAAUAUUUUAACAGGGCCAUUAUAUAUUAUUUACAAAAUUAUUAGCACAAUUAAUUUAGCAAAACAUAUUAAUGAAAAAUAUUCUACAAUAAAAGUUGUUCCCAUAUUUUGGAUGGCAACAGAAGAUCAUGAUUUUAUUGAAAUUAAUCAUAUCAAUCUGUGUGAAAAGAAAAUAGUCUGGAAUGUGGAAACUGACAAAGAAGGUCCCGUUGGACGAAUGAAUACAUCGAAUAGUAUUCAAAAUACAAUUGAAGAAAUAAAAUCUGUUAUUGGAAAUUCUGAAAAUGGAUUACGAUUAAUAUCAACUAUCGAAGAUGCAUAUUUAAAAUCAACUUCGUUAGCAGAAGCAACACGUUAUUUACUUCAUCAUUUAUUUCAUGAUCAAGGAUUAAUUUUAUUGGAUGCUGAUAAUCAUGAUUUAAAACAGAAUUUUUCGAAAAUUAUACUACAAGAUAUUCUGACAAGACAAAGUAUUUAUUAUGUUAAUAAAAGCAAUCAACAAAUGAAAGGUCAUUAUAGAACACAGGCAAAAUCUAGUGAAAUUAAUUUCUUUUAUUUACUUGAUAAUUAUCGAGUACGAAUUGUUACAGAUGGAGAUAAAUUUAAAACAUUUGAUAAUAAAUAUACAUUUACAAAAGAACAAUUGAAAGAAGAAAUAGAAUUAUAUCCUGAACGAUUUAGUCCAAAUGUAAUUAUGAGACCAUUGUAUCAAGAAUUAUUACUUCCAAAUCUUGCUUAUGUUGGUGGUCCAGGUGAACUCGCUUAUUGGUUACAAUUACGACUUCUGUUUGAUUUUUACAAUGUCAAUUUUCCGAUGUUAGUUCUGAGAAAUUGUUUAUUGAUCAUUAACGAGAAAAAUUUUGAAUUUAUUGACAAAAGUAAUAUUUCAAUUUCGAAUUUGUUUUUACCUAUUGAUGAAUUAAUAAGAAAAUUUGUUAUUCAAAAUUCAAAUGGUCAAAUCAAUUUGAAAGAAGAAGCUGAUUUAAUGGAACAAUCUUUUAAACAAAUUUUAGAUAAAACUGUGCGUAUUGAUUCCACAUUAGAAGACCAAAUUCAAACAGAGAAAUAUAAAAUAUUAGCCACAUUAAAAACCUUGGAAAGAAAAUUAUUAAAAUCUCAAACAAAAAUAUUCGAAACAGAAAUUGAACAAUUAAAGAAAAUUAAAGAAGAAUUAUUUCCAUCUGGAGAUUUACAAGAGCGUUAUGAAAAUUUUAUUAAACAUUAUUUAUAUAAAGGAAAUCAUUUUAUUUUUGAUUUAAUUAAUAUUAUGACGCCAUUAUCAAAAACAUUCACAAUUAUUUCAUAUAAAAGACAUUAA